UAUGGAUGAAGGGAGCUAAUUUCAGUUUUUUUGAUAUCCCAACAAGGAUUUUACCAUGGCCAUUUUCUAGGAGAGUUGAUUUAGUCUAUCAAAAUCUAGGUAAUUGGUCGACUUUGUAUUAUAACGUGUCGAAUUAUACUUUUGUUGCUCCUGUGUUGGGGUUGUUGGCCUAUGAUUCGAGUACUAGGUCACCACAUUAUGACCUGAUAGAGCUAAAUCUCAUGGGGGAUAAUCCAAUCGUAGUUCGUUUUCCUAAUGUUUCUUUAAGUGUGGGGAUGAAAUGCGUUCGGUUUAGUACUAAUGGCACGGUGCAAUUAAGCAAUGUUACCGGGAAUAAUUCAUGUAUGGCUCGUGGACACGGGCAUUUCUCUAUUGUCGUUCCAUCUCGACCAUCUGAUGAAAUGACGAAAGAGCGGGUUUGGAAGUGGUGGGUGAUUGGAUUUGCAGGAGGAAUUGUGGGAUUGAUCUUGCUUCUUGUGGUUGUGAUUAUGGUAUACAAAUUGAUUAAAGGGGGAAAAAUCAAGAAAAUGGAGAGACAAUCUGAAAGAAAUGAGGUUUUGGAUACUAUUUGGAUUGGGAGAAGUAGAAUGCCUUCAGCUUCAGGUAUCAGAACUCAACCAGAACUUGAAAGUGGGGGAAAAAUCAAGAAAAUGGAGAGACAAUCUGAAAGAAAUGAGGUUUUGGAUACUAUUUGGAUUGGGAGAAGUAGAAUGCCUUCAGCUUCAGGUAUCAGAACUCAACCAGAACUUGAAAGUUCUUAUAUUCCUUAG